AAUAUCAAAUGUCGUACGUCGGACAUCGGACGCGGUGUGAAUCCUGCAUAAGGCUUAAGUUACUCGUUGCAGACCGGAACUAAUUUUUUUUUCUUGGUUAGGUGUGUUGCAAGUUCCAUAUUUUUGCUGAAGAAAAUUCGCGAAGAUGGGUCGUAUGCACUCACAUGGAAAGGGUAUAUCCCAGUCUGCGCUUCCCUAUCGAAGAAGUGUGCCAACUUGGCUCAAGCUAACACCAGAAGACUGCAAGGAACUCAUUUACAAACUAGCAAAAAAAGGUCACACACCAUCUCAAAUUGGUGUCAUACUUCGUGACUCUCAUGGAGUUGCACAAGUGAGAUUCCGAACAGGAAACAAAAUCCUGCGUAUCGUAAAGAGCAUGGGCUUGGCUCCGGAUCUGCCUGAAGAUUUGUAUUAUUUGAUUAAAAAAGCUGUCGCUGUCCGUAAGCACUUAGAACGCAAUCGUAAAGAUAAAGAUAGCAAAUUCCGUCUGAUUCUCGUAGAAUCGAGAAUCCACAGACUGGCGCGUUACUAUAAAACAAAAGGUUCCUUACCGCCGAAUUGGAAGUACGAGAGCUCUACGGCUAGUGCUCUUGUGGCCUGAUCUUUUUGUUUGUUAUGUAACAUUAUGCUGUAAUAAAAUUUGUUUUUUCACGUAA